GCUCACCCAGGUUGCCGGCGCCCACCGACAUGGCGACAGAUACUUCAGAUCAGCGCAAUUACAUUGACAAACUGCCCGUGGAGCUCAAGUGCACAGUCGUGCGCUAUCUGGCCCUGAAGGACCGCCAAUCAGCCUCGCUCCUGAACAGAGAUUGGGCUGUUGUUGUCAUCCCGAUAAUGUGGGAGACAUUCACUUCUGAUCUCCUCAUCAAGACUGGUCCACGCAAAGCGCUCGCACUUGGUGACCCUGCCUCCAAUAUUGUCAAACAUGUCCGCAAGAUUCAUCUCCUCGACCGAGCAAACGCGUCCAACGAAGGAGACCAGCUUCCGCAGCUGCUGGUCACUAUCCCUCGCGACCAACUAUGUGGUUUCAAGAGCGGAAAGGGCGUAACUAUUAGUACUCUGGAGCUUCUGCUGAGGAUGCAUACCAAGCUCUACGAGUUCGACGUCUCUGGAGCAGAGUUUUCGCUGAUACUACAAUCGCCCUGGACCAGUGCAUCCUUGUCAGAUCUCGCUCACACGACCGUCGUCGUCGAUGCUCUCACCCCGCAAGACGUCCAAAAGUUGUGGACGCGGUGUCCUAAGCUGAAGCACAUCCGCAUGGUGCGGAAGCCCAUCAGCUCGUUCAUUUCAACGGCAGCGACCUUGCUGGAAAGCCACUUCGGAGACGAUGCAACAAUCGCAGCUUCAGAGGGCGGAGCGGCAGACUUGACGCGCUCGGAUACGGCCAUCCUUCAGUUGAUCAGUCUAUACAUCGGCGAUCUUAUCCUCCCUGUGACCUUUAGCACGAUGUUCCAGCGGAUAGACAUUAUUGCCCUCACCGAGCUCGUCCUCGUUGGUACCGCACGCGUCGCUGAGCUAUUGGAAGCUAUGUGCUCUGACUUCCAGAACCGAGAACCUUCUCUAAAGAAGCUACGGCUUUCUAAGAUGAGUGAGCUCGAGUCAAAUGACACCACAUCGCAACUACAGCUGUUCCUGCUCUCCUUCCACGGACUACGUCAACUACACUUCGAGUGCAGCAACUGCAUCAAGAUCGCUAUCGAUGGCAUCAUCAACCACGGAGAGACACUCGCGGAUCUACUCGUCGUCAACGGAGGUAUCCACCGGCAAAAUGCCACCAAAUGUAUGAGCGCGGAGGAUCUGCGAAAGGUCGCUAUCGCAUGUCCAAAUCUAGAGCAACUAUGCCUCAACCUAUACGAGAUCGAUCCAGAUACUCCAGAAGGUGACUUCCUCAGCCCGAAGAGUGCCAUACUUUCAGAAUCAACCGAGUUUGAGAACGCUUUGAGCGCUAUUGCUAGCAUGAAAACUCUACGAUUACUACGCUUGACAAACCCGCCCAACUAUCGCAAAGCCUACCACCGCCAAGGAGAGUUCAUGCGCUUCUUCCGCCGAUCACUUGAGAGCGGAGAGCAGCGCUACGCGUUCCAGGCUCGAGCGGACAGCAUCAUGCGAUACAUGGGCGAUAGGCAAUCGAACACGAGGCUUCUCGCGUUCUCUCCCAUGGAGUCGCUAACAAAAGCUGCCUCGGCGGAUAAGAACGGUCAUAUCUGGCCUAACUACUUCUACACCUGUGAGCGGAUGAAGGGCAUUCGAGGUACUGAGAUCUCAAUUGCAAGGGCGGUGAGAGACUGGAAGACAGAGAUUCCGGAGGCUACUAUACUAAACGAGGGAUGAGUUCGAACACCCUGAAGCCUACAUCGGCGUUAGGUCGACUGCUUUGCGUGUUUUCAUCUUGAUGUAGGCUGCAGGCCUGUUCAGAUAUUCCCGGGUACGAGGUCGUGCGGCGACGAGCUUGCGCAUAUACAUGCAGUGUACAGUAGUCGAUGGAAGCAGGAUAAUCAAUCACGAACAUUCUCGCGGUUUCAAAUACGCUCGAACAUAUCGUGAUGGCCAUGCAAUCGAAAACAGUUGUGUGACAGCGUGUAGAUCCA